AUUAUUAUUUUCAUACACAGGUGGGUGGGUGGAUAUGUUAAGAGGACUAGUCCUCAUGAAGGUACUUUCCAGUGAGGUUAACUUUAGCAUAGAUAUAGACAUCUAUGCACUUGUUAAGAGGGUCAGUUCUCAUGGAGGAACUUGCUGGUGAGUUUAACUAGAUAGAUGGUUGUUGGGAUGAUUAAAGGAAAAAACGCUUUCUAUCCAAGGCAAGAAUAAAAAUAUAGGAGGAUGUUCCUUCUGAUCUCUCUCUCUGGGCUUCUUUCAGUCCUCGCUGAACCUCCGUCUUGGGCCCAGGCAGACUUCAUCAAUCGAUGCAAGGCAGCCAACCAAAACCUGUGCAACUUCAUCUGCGAUUGCUGGGAUUGUUCUGAUGAAAACCAGUGCGGUUUCCAGAAAGAGUCAGUGGCCCUAGGGAGGCCCUUCACUUGCGAUUUUGAAGGCAGCCUCUGCGGCUGGGAGGAUAUCAGCCCCUCCGCCUUCCGGUGGGUCCCAGUCCAGGCCAGCCUCUCCGAUGGGGAUCAGGAGCCCCCCUUCGAUCACACACGGGGCACUGAUCUGGGCUGGUACUUGGCCCCCACGAAGCAACAGGUGAAGCCCUCGGCCACGGCCCGCCUGCGUUCCCCCUUCAUGAGAGAGGCCUCUGCCGCCUGCGAGCUCCACGCCUGGUUUCACCUCUCGGGAGCAGGGUUCAACCAGAGUCACCGUCCCCCACUGGCCUUGGAGCUGAGCGCUGGGAACAACACCGUGACACUCUGGCACAGCCUCCUCCCAAGCAGCACCUCUCCUUGGCGGGAGCUGGUGGCUUUCACCGGGCGGAUCCAAGGGGCCUUCCAGCUCAUCUUCUCCGCCACCCAGGACUUCUCCACAUCGGUGCAAGUGGCACUCGACGACCUGGAGUUCCGGAACUGCGGCCUCCCCAGUAAUGACACUGGGAUCCCAGCCCAGCUUCUCUCGCUCCUUCCCAUUGACACACUACCUUCCCCUCCCUUUCAAUCAAGGUGUCCAGUUAGCUUGAUCAGUGUCCAGCUAUACAGGAAGUCCCCAAGUUACUACCAAGAGAGAUUCUUGUUGGGCGAGUGGUGCUUGACUCACACUUUGGUAAUAAAAAAUGCCCAGUUAAUUUUUAGUAUUUCUGACAGUUCUGUCGCAUACAGUAUGUUUGUUGUGAGAGGAGUCUCUGUGAGAGUGAAGCUGUUUAUCUGCAUGAGGAAGAACCCCAGAAUCCCAGGGGGAGAUUCUCUCACUUCCUGUUGUUUCAGCCCUGUUCUUAACUAUGUUUGUAAGUUGGAUGUUUGUAACUCAGGGAGGGCCUGUAUUCCAUCCACCCGUCUCAGGGAGAAGGGCGGAAUGUCAAUCAAGAAAGGGGUGGCUGCUGUGUCUCGAAUGUUCCCUUUGGGAUCCCUUCUUUAUCCCCUAGAGCUCGGGUCACGCCCUCCCAGCUGUGGUCCAGAUGAGCUUCUGUGUGGCAACAGCACCUGCCUUCCUGCGGAUCGCUUUUGUGAUGGGACGGAGGACUGCCUCGAGGGUGACGAUGAAGACCCCGCGGUUUGUGCUUCCUUCAGCAUCUGCCACUUCGAAGAGGACUGGGGUCGUUGGAGCACAGAGCUGGACCAAGGCUUUUCGUGGACGAGGAACAGCAGUCUCCAUGUUACCUCCACGUCUCCUUUGCGGGAUCACAGCACCAAUAGCCCGGAAGGGUAUUUUGUCUACAUCGAUCAUGGGGACCUAGGCCAAAAGCAGAGGAGUGCCUGGUUGCUCAGCCCAACUCUGGCCAUGUUGGAGACAGAGCCCUGCUAUCUGGUGCUCUACCUCUAUCUUCACGGCUCUGGCACCAACAGUCUUAAUGUCUAUUACCGGACGGAGAAGAAGAUGGAGCUCGUCCGGAGCCGCACUGGGGAUCUGGGUGACUUCUGGUUCCGGGAGAAAGUGGCCUUCAAUGUGGAAGAGAAGUUCCAGAUUGUCAUUGAAGGAGCCCUUGGGAUAGGGGACAAGGGGAGUAUCGCUUUGGAUGACCUCAUCCUGUCUCCUGGUUGCCUGGAGCAAAACAGCACUCUUUCCACUCCCUUUGAGCCGGAGCCUCCUGCUUCCCUCUGUGCCCAGGACCAGUUUGCCUGCUGGGAUAACAAGGGGUGCAUUGGCAUGGAACUGGUCUGUGACUUUAAGGCUGACUGCCAGGAUGGCUUUGAUGAACAGGAGUGCGGGGCCAGAUCUUUGAACGAGAGCAGCGGUGGCUGGAGGGAUCUCAGUGUGGGACGGCUGCAGUGGAUGCUCCAAAACAUCAGCAGUCAAGGCCGCGUCCUGGCCCUCUCUUCUGAAGGUCCGGGGCAGAUGCUGUCCAUGGCAAGAGCGGCCACUCCGGCCCUGGGCCCCUCCGGUUUGGCCUGCACCCUGCAGCUGGACUACACCACUGGACAUCGAGGGCUCCUGGCGCUCGCCGUUGUGGAUGAGGCUUUGAGGAGCAGCCGCUGGGUUUGGUCCGCUUUGGGCAAUGGGACGUCUGUUUGGGACCAGGCCCGGGUUCCCCUCGGGGCCAGAAGCCGGCCCUUCCAGCUUGAGCUCCUGGCCUCAGAGGACCACCACGGGAAUGACGCAGGGGGUCCGACGGUUGCUGUGGGCAACGUGGCUUUCCAGGACUGUGACCCUGCGGCUUCCCUGCUGACCAACCCCUCAGGGCUCUCUUGCAACUUCGAGGCUGGAGGCUGCGACUGGUUCCCGGAUCGGAGCUACGGCUUUGAAUGGGAGCUGAGCACCAGCCAGGAACGGGGCCCGGACCACACCACUGGAUCAGGCUCCUUCAUGUCUGCGGACCCUUCUUCCCCCGGAGCCCAAGGCCUCAGCGCUCGCCUGGUUUCUUCCCCACAGAAGCCUCUGUCCAACUCGACUUGCUUUUCCUUCUGGUACAGAAUGGAGGGGCCCCAGAUUGGGACUCUCAACCUCUUCUUGAAAUCUGCUGGAGAACCAGAGCAAGCCAUUUGGAGCCAGACAGGGAGCCAGGGGUCAGUGUGGCACCGGGCUUCGGUUACUGUCCCCCACCCUACACUCAGCCAGAGCUUCCAGUUGUCCUUCGAGGCCUUCCGGAAUGGCUUCCUGGGCUCCAUGGCACUGGACGACUUCUCCGCCAUCCCCGGGACCUGCGGGGCCCCCACCCGCUGCUCAUUUGAGGUGGACGACUGCAGCCUCUUUUCCGGAGAGCGGCCAUCUUGGAUGCGGCAGAGUGGGGACCAGGAGUCGGGGCCCCCCAGGGAUCACACAUUGGGGUCGCCCCAAGGGCAUUAUCUGCUCCUCAACACCAGCCAGAGCGCUCUGCAGCCCGGUCAGACAGCCAUCUUGCACUCCCUGGCCUUCCCGCCGGGCCGCCGUCUCCAUUGCAUCACCUUUUGGUACCACCUGAGAAGCAGCCGCCCAGGGUCUUUGAGAGUCACCAUCAAAGAGGGAGGCAAACAGAAGGAGGAGGCGCUGGACGUGAGCCUGGUUCCAGGGGAGGCCUGGCAAUAUGUCCGCCUUAACAUCUCUGUUGAAGAUGAUUGGCAGGUGGCCUUUGCAGUGGAAGGGGCUGCCGAGGGACCCUCCUCCUUCCUGGCUUUGGAUGACCUCCUUGUGACGGAGGGAGGCUGCCUUGGGGCUGGGUCGUGUGACUUUGAGCGGGGCCCCUGUGGCUGGAGCAAGCCCCCCGGAGCCUGGUCUAGCUGGGGUUGGAAGGCCGGGGACACUCCCUCCCAGUUGCUUUCCUCGAAGACCAACCGCACUUUUGGCACCAAGGAAGGCCACUAUGCCUUCGUGGACCUGGCUCUUCUGGGGCAGAGCGUGGCCCGACUGGCUAGCGAGCCCCUCCCUCCGGCCACCAAUGCCUCCCUCCGCUUCCAUUACUACAUGGACUUCCUUGGCCAGAAUUCUCAAGCUGAACUCCGGGUGAAAGUGUCCAACUUGGAUGGGGAGCGGACGCUCUGGGCAGCCAAAGGGCACCAGGGCCACUCCUGGCUGCAGCAAACCCUCCUGGUGUCCAGCCUCACGGAGUUCCAGAUCCUGCUCGAAGCCACCAGCGGAGCGUGGCCAAAUUCGGAGACCAUUGCUGUGGAUGACGUCUCCUACAUCGCUGGGCCUGAUUCUGGCGACACCGAAGUGAGCCAAGAGACAGGAGGCAGCAGGGGUCCGGACGCAGGGCUGGUGGCUGGCAUUAUCUGCUCCGUCCUGCUGGUUCUCCUUGCAGCCGCAAUGGCAGUCCAUUACCUGAAGAAGUGGAGGGUACCGGAGGAGAGGAGGCCCAUCGAACGCAGCAGCGUCCAGGGGUUUGACAAUGUCGCCUUUCAAAACGACCAAGUCACCAUCCCACCGCUGCCUAAUGAGAUGGAAGCGGAAUAGAGUCCGACCUGCAGCAGCCCUUCUUGCUGACCCCGCUGCCCAGUCGUCUUCUGUGCAAGAAGCAUAUCUCUCUCUCUCUGAGGUUCGGGUUUCCUUCUUGUUUCAG